AUGGCCUAUUCCCCGGCACGUUGCUGGAUAUCUGAGGGCCAGCCAGGUCAGGAGACCGGAGUCCUGGAGCCAAGCCUAGAUUUCCCAUGGAAGCAACUGGUUUGGUUUCAGAACCGAAGAGCCAAGUGGCGGAAGCGGGAGAAGUGCUGGGGCCGGAGCAGCGUGAUGGCUGAGUACGGCCUCUACGGGGCCAUGGUGAGGCACUCCAUCCCUCUGCCCGAGUCCAUCAUCAACUCCGCCAAGAGCGGGCUGGUGGGAUCCUGUGCCCCAUGGCUGCUGGGCAUGCACAAAAAGUCCAUGGAGGUGAGCAGGAAGGCGGAGAGCCAAGAGAAGCUGGCAGAUGGCUGGCGAGCGGAGCAGGAGGAGGAGGAACUCAAAGGGAAGCAGGCCAGUUCCCAGAGGGGGUCCGACAAGCUUGGCCCUGCAAAAGAGUCGGAGGACACAGCCAUCGACCUCUCCAGGACAGCCAAGCAUGAGAAGAGGGGCGUACUGAGGCAGUGCAUCAACGGGGAGCCCCCCACGGAGCAGAAGGACAGGGACCACUGA